ACCUCUCGACCGACUUUUUACAAUUAGCCAGCCAUUGGCAUCGGUCGGGGAUGCAUUGCGUUUCUUACUAGUCCCAUAUUCGGUGGCGCAGAUUAUUCCCAAAAGAAUGCCUGGUUCUCUCAACGUUUUCCCGAGUCAAUUGACUCGUUUCGUUCGGUGCUAUUCAGUCGCUGCUGAAAGUAUACCCGCUGCUAAAAAGAAGUAUGUGCCCUCCGAAGGGACAUAUCCUCUGGGGUUCAAGGCUUCCGGUAUAUUGGUCGGAGUCAAGCCUGGUAACACGACCAAGCCCGAUCUCGCUUUGAUCAGCUCGGAUCGGCCUUGUGCAGCCGCAGCGGUGUUCACGAAGAACAAGUUCCAGGCGGCACCAGUCACCUUCAGUCGCGAUGUACUGAAGAAGAAGGGCAAUCAAGGAAUCCGGAGCGUACUUAUUAACUCUGGAUGCGCCAAUGCGGUCACCGGGAAGGGUGGUCUGGAGGAUGCGUCCCUGAUGGCGCGGGCAGCCGAUGAGACCGUGGGGAACAGCGAGGAUGGGUCAUCAACGAUUGUCAUGAGCACGGGUGUCAUCGGCCAGAGGCUGCCCAUCGACAAAAUUAUUAAGAAUGUACCUGCCGCUCACGACGUAUUGGGAUCUUCUCAUAAAGAUUGGCUGGCCUGCGCAACGGCGAUUUGCACCACGGACACCUUCCCCAAGCUCAUGUCUAAGACGUUUACCCUGCCAUCAUCGCCCGGGGUAGAGUACAGGAUCGCAGGCAUGACCAAAGGCGCGGGCAUGAUCCAUCCCAACAUGGCGACGCUGCUCGGCGUGGCAGCCACCGACGCACCCAUUUCGCCCACAGUCAUGCCUACGGUGUUGAAGCAAGCAGUGGACCGGUCAUUCAACAGCAUCACCAUCGACGGAGACACAUCGACCAAUGACACGGUGGCCCUGCUGGCCAACGGUGCCGCGGGCGGCAAAGAGAUCCGCUCCGAGGACUCCCCCGACUUUGCGGCGUUCCAGGAGGUGCUUACGGACUUUGCCGUCGACCUGGCCAAGCUGAUCGUCCGCGAUGGAGAGGGCGCCACCAAGUUCGUGACGAUCCGCGUGACGGAAGCGGCGAGCGAGGACGCGGCGAGGAAGAUUGCCAGCACGAUUGCCCGGUCGCCCCUCGUCAAGACGGCGCUGUACGGGAGGGACGCUAACUGGGGACGCAUCCUGUGCGCGACGGGAUACUCUCUGAUUUCGGAACCCGGCCACGCCGUUGCCGAGGUCCCAGAGAUUAUUCCCGAAAAUACUAACGUGUCUUUCAUCCCGACAGACGGCACCGCGGAGCUGAAGCUUCUCGUCAACGGCGAGCCGGAGUUGGUGGACGAGUCGCGGGCUUCGGAGAUCCUCGAGCUGGAGGAUUUGGAGAUCUUGGUCCGGCUUGGGACUGGUGGUAAGGAGGCUACCUAUUGGACUUGCGACUACAGCCAUGAGUAUAUCACGAUCAACGGCGACUACCGGACAUGAGUUGCUUGGAUAUCAAUGAGGCCGCUGGGAGAGACCGGACGAAGAGGAAGUCGGUACUACAGUGAACCGGAAGUCUUGCAUCGUCUCGCAACUGAAAUUUAUCAACAAGGUAUGGCGGAAUUCGUUAAACAAAAGCCCAAUAUAGCACAUACAAACCAAUAAUUAAACAGGAUCUAUUGCAACC